AUGAACGUUUCAACAUUUGAUUCAUGCAAGGCUAUAGAGGAGGCUGGAAGAAGAAGGAGUGACGAGAGCAUGCUGUUGAAGAUUUCAGGAGUUGAUUUGAUUGCUGCGGAGGCCAAGUAUCAUAAACACUGCCGCUCCCAAUAUGCAAGUAAAUCCAACCUAAUGUUUGUUGACUUUCGAGUUGACGGGGAGGAAGAUGUUUACACCCAAGCGUACCAAAACCUGAAAGAGGACAUCAAACCUCAGUUAGAAUCAGGAGUGGCCCUUGAUAUGAAAACCCUCUUGGACUCUUACCAGGGAAUUUUGCAACACCUUGGCUGCAAAACGGCAAAAAGUUACAAGUCAGAGAGGUUAAAACGCAGACUGCAACAAAGUUUUCAAGAGGAAAUUGUCUUUCAGAAGCUACCGGAUCCCUCGAAGCCAGAGUUGGUUUACUCUAGCUCUAUAUCUUUGCAGGAUGUCAUCAAUUCAGCGGCUGAGAAAAGUUGCCAUUUGGCUAAAAUGUCAGCGUCUUCUGAAGAUGAAUCCUCAAACAGCCAGGGUCAGAAUGAUGUCAAUUCCAUACUAUACCACGCCGCUCAAAUACUGAGGUCAAGCAUACGGAGUGAAAGCAAAAGUAUAGGGAUCCAACCUGUUGAUGUGGAGGACCUCAGUGCCUGUAAGGUAAAGAGUUUAAUGCCUAAAGAUCUUUACAAUUUUUUGUGCUUGAUGAUCUCGAAUCCAGAUAAAGUUGAUGUAUCUGCUCCGACUGCUUCCAAUACCGCAGAUGAGCGACAUAUUUUAGCAAUUGCACAAGAUCUAAUAUAUGCAACAACUCAUGGUCGCGUGAAGACUCCUAAGCACAUUGGUUUGGCGAUGUCUGUUCGCCAUAUGACAGGUUCAAAGCACCUGGUAACGAUGUUAAACAGAUUCGGUCACUGCUGUUCUUAUGAUGACAUAGAAGUAGUUGACACUAGCCUAGCAUUAGACAUUAUAGCCAGCUCAGAAAAUCUGGGUGCUGUUGUUCCAUCUAACAUUUCACCAGGAGUGUCGCGGGAGACAAUAACGAUAUCAAUGAGGAGACACUAGACGGCAAGCAAACUACUCAUGCCACUACACUUGUCCUGUACCAAAGAAAGCAACAAGGACCAAAACCGAAACCUGCAGUUCGUCCUGCUCAUUCAGAAAAGCGACGGUCUCUUAACAUCUCAGAUGCAAAUCCACCCCUGUUGGAGUUUGGUGCUUGUGGCAAGCGGCCUGCCGUAACCUUUUACAAAGACAAAAUAGAAGAAGAGUGGUUUCAGUCCUCAAGCUCGCUCUGUACCACUGCAAUUCAGAUGGAUUUUGGUUGGUUUUUAACACGUCUGUGUACCCACCAGUACAUAACCGCGACGGCGAAGUUUUUCAGCCCUUGCCAAGUUGGAGUGGGUUUAACGCAAAGAUAG